ACUCUAAAAAAAGGAAAAAGAAAUUCCAAAUCUGUUUUUGCGGUUAAACCCAUUUUCCCUCUCUGUUUUCGCCUUAUAAAACCCACCAUUACACUCUCUCGUUACUUCUUCAAUCCGAAAAUUCCCACAAACACAGACAGAAUAAUCUUCCUUCAGUAUAUUUUCUUUGACAUCUUCCUUCUCUUUUGUCUUUCUUCUUUAAUCCUUGAAACAACCUUUCAAAAUGACUGUAAUGGUAGAAAAUGUAAGCAAAACGUCUGAUAUACACCAGCACAAAAAACUUUCACUGUACGUAGGUGAUCUUGACCCAACUGUAAAUGCAAUUGAUCUUUGUGAAAUCUUCUGUAGAGUGGGUUACGUCACUGGUGUCCGUGUCUGUUAUGAUAAAUUGGGUUUUUCUCUCUGUUAUGGCUAUGUCAACUUCAGUUCUCCUCUUGAGGCUUCUAAAGCAAUAUCUCUGCUGAACCACACUGACUUGAAAGGGAAGCCUAUGAGGAUAAUGCGGUGUGAUAGGAAUCCAUUUCAAAGGAAGACUGGGAAUGCCAAUCUUUAUGUCAAGAACUUAGCCCCUUCUAUCACUAGCGCUUGUUUAGAUCACUUUUUUAGCAAGUUUGGCACUGUUCUGUCCUGCAAGGUUGCAGAAGAUAACAAUGGAAAGAGCAAAGGUUUCGGUUUUGUUCAGUUUGAUGAUGAGGAAUCUGCCAUGAAAGCUCUCACUUCUUUAAAUGGUACUUCGUUUGAAGGAAAGACAAUAUAUGUCGGUAUUUUCAUGAAGAGCAGCCAGAGGAAUCAAACUUUCACAAAUUUGUAUGUAAAGAACUUGAAAGCACAUGUUACUGAGGAUGAUCUUAAGGAGAAGUUCUCCAACUUUGGGAAGGUAACAAGUUCUGCUAUCAUGAGAGAGGAUCAUGGGAACUCCAAGAAAUUUGGCUUUGUCAAUUUCGAGUCUCCUGAAGAUGCGGAUAAGGCACUGAAAGCUCUAAAUGGAAGCACUUGGGAACAAGCCUGUGGAGUUCUGUAUGUGGCAAGAGCUGUUAAGAAGACGGAAAGAGAGAAAAUGAAAAAGGAAAAAGAGGCAAAAUGGAGGGCUGCCACUGUUUAUGUGAAUAACCUCGAUCCAAACCUCGACGAAAGUAUGGUUAAAUCAUGCUUUAGUCUCUGUGGAACGGUAGUUCAAGCUAAAGUAUUGUGCUACUCAAAUGGUAUCAGUAAAGGGUUUGGCUGGGUUACUUUCUCCAGUCCUUCAGAAGCAAUCACCGCUGUUGCUCGAUUUCAUGGACGGAGCUUAUCGGACAAACAUCUCAAUGUAGACAAUGCUGAGCACAUGAACGGCCAGAUGAUAUACCCUAUUUCUGUGACACAUUAUUUUCCGCCUUUGUCUUUGGACCGUAUAUCACAGGGCCAGAUCUUCAAUGGAAAUAAGGGUCUAAACUCGUACUCUUACUUGUGCUCUGCUAAUGGACAUGAAGCUGGAACUACAACUGCUCAGAUUCAGAAGUCCAAGCUCCCCAAAACUAGAGGAAAAGCAUCCGAUUCGAAGCUGAACAGGAAAGAAGCUGACCUAAUACAGAUCAAGCAAUCUGGCUGGUCUGAUCCAGUAUUGCAGCAAAUUAAGGUUACAAUUAUGGAAGUAUUGGAUCGAAAGAAUCAGACCCAUCCUGAAUUCUCACCCGUUAAGCCACUCCAGCCAGAAGCUAAGAAUGAUGGAUCAUGUUCACCUGUGAAUUUCUAACAUGUAUAUUGUAGUAAAAUUUUUUGUUGGUUCACAAGAAUAAACACAUUGUAGUUCUGUAAAACUUGAAUAAUGUGGCAUCCAUAAGUACUGUAAAGGCUCUGCCUAUUAGUUUCUAUUUGAUGAUGUACAAAAAUAACAGCAGUGGAAAUAAAGUUGUUUGGU